GUUUAGCAGACAACCAAUCUUGAGAUGAACUAUCGACAGCUAAAACGCAGAUCUGACUUGAGAUCAGAUUUCACCGAGCGUUGAUGAAUCCGGGAUAUGCCCCUCCCUCGAGGUCGUCCCAGCCUCAUUCUGAUCAGCUGACUCAUCACUUCCCGUACGGAGUGCAAUUUUUUUGGAAUAGCAGUAAUGUCGUUUUGCUGCCUUUUUCCCACUUGUUAUUAAGUCUGUGCCAAUAGAAGCUGCUCACCAAGGCUGUCCUUUUAUGAGAGAAUACGACAGAAGGUGGUCUCCCCUCCCCAUUCGACUGUAAGCCAAUGGAGGGCGUCUGAGAGCUACACUUUGCUGUUUCACUCAGACAUAAGAGAGAAGCAGGUUAUGCAGACAUGGCUCUCAGAAAAGGAUCUUCUUCUGUUGCCCUCUCCGGGUGGCCAUCUGAAGUGCAGAUGAACCCAACUGAUGUCCCUGGCCUGGAGGUAAAGCUGGGAGCACUGGUUGUUCUUUUCUCCAUCACACUGGUUUGUGGCUUCGCCCCUUUGUGCUUAGUCAGGGGGGCAGGGAGGUGCAAUGUAGACCCAGAAAUGCAUCACAAGGUAGUGAGCUUGGUGAGCUGCUUCGCUGGAGGAGUGUUCUUUGCUACUUGCCUUCUGGACCUGGUGCCUGACUACCUAUCUGGGAUCAAUGAAGCAUUUAGUAGCCUGGGCAUCACACUUCAGUUCCCUCUACCUGAGUUUAUCAUAGCCAUGGGCUUCUUCUUGGUCCUGGUGCUGGAGCAAAUAGUCUUGGCCCUCAAAGACCGAUCGGCGGGCCACUCUGAAGAAAGACGCGCACUAUUGGUGGAAUCCAGCGUCCAAUCACAUGACAGAAAUGGCCAGAGAUACUCCCACCACUCCCAUGGUAGGGAGGAACUAGGGGGAGAGGAUGCCCACUUUCAUGUGGACUUUAACUCCACCUCGGCCAUCCGGGCCUUCAUUCUAGUAUUUUCUUUAUCUCUGCACUCAGUGUUCGAGGGCCUGGCUGUGGGGUUACAGGAGGACAGUCAAGAGGUGCUGGAGAUCUGUGUUGCUCUACUCCUCCACAAGAGCAUCAUCUCUUUCAGUCUAGCCCUAAAGCUGGCCCAGGGCAAGCUGCGGCGGGCAGCCGUGGUAGGUUGCCUCCUGCUCUUUGCCCUCAUGUCCCCGUUGGGCAUUGGGCUGGGCAUUGCCCUCACCGAGACCAAGUCGUCCCCCCAGCACCAGCUGGCCAGGUCCACCUUAGAAGGCCUGGCGUCUGGCACCUUUUUGUAUAUCAUCUUCAUGGAGAUCCUGCCCCAUGAGCUGAGCUCCCCGCAGAACCGCAUCUCCAAGGUGGCCAUGAUUCUCACUGGUUUCGCAGUGGUCACUGGGGUGCUGUUCAUCAAAAUGUAAAUAUUCUGUAGAUCAAUGCUUAGGGUCUGAUUCUAUGAAAAACUGACAACCCUUCUGGGAUAUAAGACAAAAACAAAUUUCCUUUUGCGCCGUGAGAAUGCAAUUUGGACUGAUAAGCAUUAAAUAAUGUUUACAGCAUGAGACCAAAAGAUACUCAACUGUAUCAUUAAUUCAAACAUGUUUCCUUAAGGUGCAGGGAGAAUGCUGGUUUGCCUUACACUGGAAACUUUUGAUUCAGUAGAGGUCUUUUAGUUUUAUUAUGUAGAUGAACGUUAUUCAUUCAGGUUUUUGAAAAAGGGAUAUAUGCUAAUCCUGACAUCUUUUAAAUUAACAUUAAAUAACAUUUUCUAUUUUAGAUAAUUGAGAAUUUUAAUGUAUCUAUAUUUUUUAUAUAAACAAUGACAUACUUCACAAACAGCUUUCUGUAUACCGUGACGAUGUGGUCAAAAUAACCGUAUUAAAAAAGGAAAUAUGAGCACUUUUGAGAAAUGUAUAACUCCUGAUUUGAUAUUAUAGCAAUCCGAAUGUUUUGCUGGCUGUGAAAUCUGACUAGCAGUGUCCUGAAUUGUUCACAGAACAUUUGUUUGUUCAGUAGUAUGACUGCCUAGCCCCUGCAAAAACACAAUAAGAGCAUAUACAGCUGGCUAUUACUUUAAAUGCUUAAAAAGCUAAAUGGAGUGUGCUCUUUGUCAGAGCCUUACAUUGAGAUCAAAAUAUAGGCCUUUAUUUCACUGCCAUGUGGUGAGAAAGCUUUGAAUUAGUCCUCUAUUCUCUUGUAAAACUUGAGUUUGAAUAAUUGAAAUGGCUGCUCUUGUUUUUAUGUUCACUUUUAAAUCAGGACUUGUUUAUCUGUACCUGGUUUACUGAUUAAAAGUAAUCUGAAAUCAUUUUAAA